GGUGGGGGGUGAACGCAGAGAGACUUAACCUGGACACAGGGACACGGCUUAGGGAGAGGGACACUCACACAGACACACGCUCACACACACACGCGGGUAGUGGGACAAGGCGAGAGAGAGAGAGAGACAGACACACAAUCAGCUGGAACAGCGCAGCAGGGACGGUGCCUCGCUCUGACCGCACCGCUCAGCCACAAUGAGUGAACUGGAGAAGCUACGCCAGGAGGCGGAACAGCUACGCAACCAGAUCAAGGAGGCCAGGAAAGCAUUUGCCGACACCACCUUCGCACAGGUCACAGCCAGCUUGGACUCCGUGGGGCGGAUCCAGUUGAGGACUCGGCGAACUCUGCGUGGUCACCUCGCCAAAAUCUACGCCUGCCACUGGGGCACCGACUCACGCUUGUUAUUGAGUGCAUCCCAGGACGGCAAACUCAUAGUCUGGGACACGUAUACUAACAACAAGGUCCAUGCCAUCCCGCUGAGGUCAUCGUGGGUCAUGACGUGCGCCUACGCCCCCUCGGGAAACUUCGUGGCUUGCGGAGGCCUCGACAACAUGUGCUCCGUGUACAGUCUCAAGUCGCGUGAGGGAAAUAUAAAGGUCACGCGUGAGCUCCCUGGACACAACGGGUAUCUCUCCUGCUGCCGCUUCCUCGACGACACCAAAAUCCUCACCAGCUCCGGAGACACCUUAUGCUGCCUGUGGGACAUCGAGACGGGCCGCCUGUCCUCCACAUUCAUGGGCCACACGGGCGACGUCAUGUCGCUGUCCUUGUCCCCGGACGGGCGCAUGUUCGUGUCGGGCGCGUGCGACUCGUCCGCCAAGCUGUGGGACGUGCGCGAGGUCAAGUGCCGGCAGACGUUCACGGGACACGAGUCCGACAUCAACGCCAUCAACUUCUUCCCAAAUGGGCAGGCGUUUGUGACGGGCUCCGACGAUGCCACGUGCCGCCUCUUCGACAUCCGCGCCGACCAGGAGCUCUGCGUCUACGCCAACGACGGCGUGGUGUGCGGCGUCACGAGCAUCGCCUUCUCGCGCUCCGGCCGCCUCGUGCUCGCCGGACACGAUGACUUCAACUGCAACAUCUGGGACGGCAUGAAGCAGGAGAAAGCCGGCGUGCUUGCGGGCCACGAUAACCGCGUGUCAUGCCUGGGCGUCACGGAUGACGGCAUGGCCGUGGCCACGGGCUCCUGGGACAGCUUCCUCAAGGUGUGGAACUGACGGGCGCAGGUGUAGUCCGGCACGGAGACGGACAUGGCUCCCGCGGGAUCCAGCUCGCGGCCACGCAUGCACACACACGUGAACUGAGACUCGUACAAGAUACACGCGCACGGACAGAUACUCGUACCACACACACACACACGUGGACAGAGACUCGUACAACAUCCACACAAACAAACGUGGAUAUAGACUCGUACAACACACAUACACACAAAGACACAGACAUGCAUACACCAAAUAUAUACAUAAAUAUACGUUAUUGAUUAUGGGGUUAAGCCACGUAAUGCUCUUGACCAUGUUCGUGUCGUGAGACCCUCCAUCACCCGACAUAGCCAAACAAAUUCAAUUGUCACAUGCACAAGCAUUUGACACGCCAAUUAUAUAUUUUUGUGACUAUUUUAUUUGCCUGGCUGUGUUGGGUGGUGGAGAGUCACGACACAAGUUUGGCUGGAUCAUUAUUGUGGCUUAACCCAAAAAUCUGUUACGAUUCAUAAUAUUGGCUGCAAAAAACCUACGUGCUAUGAUAUGCUCAUACAUUUACACAUGCAGCAUAUACAUAGAUAUGUACACACAUGCACAUAUGAUAUAAAAUAUACAUACGUACAUAUACAAAAAUGAGCCCAGCAAUACACACAUACGUAUACACACACAUCUUGCACACACACACGAACCAUAUCAUCCCCAGCCAGGUUCUAUCCACUGCUCGAUAAAGCCCUUUCCCCGGUCACCGCCAUCCCUCACCAGUUGCGUGAUGCCAUGGUCCAUCUCACUGCUGCGCAUAACACCGGCACACAAACACGCACGCAGUUAAACACACCACGCAUAUUCAGCACUCACUCAUACCUGCAUGGAAACACAAACGUUCAAACACACUCCAGGCACAUGUACACAACCACGUUCUCACAUGCUGUGCACGUGACACACAAUAUGCACACUCGCUAACUUGUGUAUAGUAUACCUAUCACCCAAAACACACACACACACGUAGACUUUCACUGACCCUCGUGUGUGUGUGUGUGGUUAAAAUAACACUGUCUCUCAAGACCGUCUCUAUCUAUACGAGGAGGGGCCCUGCAUGGCGCUGUUUGACCAUUUGCAUGUAUGAGUGUUGGGCUCAAUGUGGGAGGAAACCGGAGAAUCCGGAGAAAACCCGCCACGCAUUCGAGGGGGGUACCACUCAGCACUGCCAUCUCCUGGCCACCUUGGAGCCCCAAUGCCUACAACACCUGGCACGCCCUGACUGUCAUCCAUGAAAGCUCUAAACAAGAUCAAUCAUGCUACUUCGGUUGGUAAGGCCCAUUGAGCUUCACAGCUCCGUUACAAGGGACAUGACCGCAGCUCAAGUCCGUGGCGACGGUCACGGGACAUCGCAGUUACAAAGGGAACCAUAGAAUUCCAUAGAGGGCUCUACAUUUGCAUAGAGCUCUGCAGAGUGACUUAGAGAUGUGUAGACCACACAAGCCCAAGACCGACGGCAGUGUCACAGGACAUCAUCGCAGGGUGGGAAUGUGCAAGCUGGCAAGAGCAAAAAACAACAAUUGUUGACAUGAAACCCACACACCAGAACUUACUACAAACAGGAUGAAAAUAAAUAUUACUUAAAAACAAUACAAAAAAAACAGUGUAUGUUAAUAAAGUGUACAUACGGCCUUGGACACAAUGGUAUAUAGGACUGAGCUGCAGCAUUUGCGGUUGUAGGAGGAUCAAUCAUCCUUCAUGGUCUUUAAGCAAACGUAACGAAGAUGCUUUUGGAAUUUAAAAUGAUGGAAUAUUAAAUAUAGAAAUAUAUAUAUAAAA